AUGCCGACGCUUUUUGAUUUCGGUCCUAUCUUACGUCCUGUCGAUCGGACUCGCCAUGCUGCCCAGAACAACCGUGACGUUCCGAACUAUGAGGAUCUGACCAUGGAAGACAUCAAGGAAUUCGCGCUCGCAUACAUGCGCAACGAGUACUCCCCGAAGCCACUCGAACACGGCCCACUUCUCCACCCCAAGAACCAGCCCUACAACAGCAACGCGCGAUUCCUCUCAACCACCACCGCGUCGCCCUACGAGCCCCUCGGCCGCACCAUGCCGGCUCAAGCCUCCCGCUGGAUGGCCACCGGCUCCGCGCUGCGCCAGUACAACCCACUCACCAACCUCCCCAGCGCCGCCGCAACAUCGACGGCCAACCGCACCCAACGCCAGGGCUUCCGCGACGCCUCAAAGUUCCGCAACCUGCUCCAGCGCGCGCGCGUCCCGCUCGACGCCAUCGAGCAGCUCGAAGCCACGCUCAAGGACUUCUCGCGCCUCAACCGCUUCAGCCGCGUGCGCACCAAGCUCGCCCGCGCCGGCGCCUUCGCCGCCUUCGCCGCGCGCCUCAUCAACGACCAGAGCCUGCUCGCCGUCCUCUGGCACCCCGCCCCGCCCCGCUGCACGACGACCGGCUUCGCCAUGCCCGCCGACGCCGUCGAGGUCGCCCGCCGCGACAUGCAGGAGGCCGCCGCCGCGACCUUCGUGCGCCUCGGCUCCAAGGACAACUUCGAGCUGCGCUGCCGCGCGCUGCUGAAGACGAGGCUUCCGGGCAAGAGGCUGCUGGGUGAGGGCUUCCGUGUCGAUGGGCAGAGGCUGGAGGCGUACCGCGACGCGGAGAACCCGCGCGCCGCGACCUGGCGCCACGUCCACCGCGAGUACUUUGCCAUCGAGGACCUGCGGGAUGUGGGCCAGGGAGAGAGGCUGGUCAGGCGCGUGUCGUUCACGCGCGAGUGCAACGACUGCGGCGUCAGGCACCAGCACGAGAUCCAGCUUAUCAUCGGUCCCGAGGAGGAGAUGCCGCGCCAGGGAGAGCUGCCGGCGUACCAUGACCUCGUCCCGUUGCCGCCGCCGGCAGCGGCCCCGCAGGAGCAGGAGGAGGAGCGGUUGGUGCUGCCGGAGUUGCCUGCGUCUGGCUACGUGUCUGGAAGUGGCUCCGAGUCUGAGGUGGAGGAGCUCAUGCCUCGCCCGCUGAACAUCCGUCGGAGGUGGCCGUUGGAGUAG